AUGGAAGCCGAGAUUAGAACCGUCCUGCCCAACAUCGACCCGGUGCUCUCAGAGUAUUCGGUGGGCUACUUGACGCAUGCUUCGACUAUCUGGUCCGACGAGGAGGAGCAGUCCGGCCCUUCACCUCUGGCAGAGGCGGCCUCUACCGUCACCGAGCUGCUCCUCUCUGCUUCUGGGAAGCCCGACGCCAAGCUUCAGGAGAAGAUCGAGAAGCUGGUCGAGAAAUGGGUCGAAAAGUACAGUGAGGCCAAUGGCUCCCAGAGGAGCGGCCCGUCUGCGGUGAAACGCCUCGAUCAGAGUUACCAAGUCAGCUCUCAGCGCAACAUGUCUUCAACCCUCGCAGUGGCUACCGGCGCUGUUGAUCUUGAAUCCGCCAAUGCUCGCAAGGUCGAGUCCAAGGUUGACCGAAAGAAGUUGGAGAAAGCAGAGCGCAAGAUUGCUGCCAAGCAGCAGAAGAAGACUUUCAAGACGGUUGAGUACGAGGCCUCCAAACUGCUCCACGAGCCCGAGUCCACUCAAAGCUACGAGGAGUUCUACAUGGCAGUCAACCCUCUGCAGUUGGGCUCUGCUGGUGGCAACAAGACGAAGGAUAUCAAGUUGGACAAUGUGGACGUCUCCAUUGGUGGCCAACGUAUUCUGACCGACACGAACUUCACUCUGGCCUACGGUCACAGAUACGGUCUCGUCGGACACAACGGUGUUGGUAAAUCUACUCUGCUGCGCGCUCUGUCGCGCAGAGAGCUGCCUAUUCCGCCUCAUAUCACCAUUCUUCACGUCGAGCAGGAGGCAAGUAACCUCACGGGUGACGACACCCCUGCGAUCCAGGCCGUUCUUGAUGCCGACGUGUGGCGUAAGGUUCUCCUCAAGGAGCAGGCUGAUAUCACUCAGAAACUUUCAGAUAUUGAAGCACAGCGUGGGUCCAUGGCGGACACAUCGGCAGACGCUGCGAAGCUCGACAGAGACAGGGAAGCUCUCGACAACAGACUUGGUGAUAUCCAGGGCAAGUUGGCAGAGAUGGAGUCCGACAAGGCAGAGUCGAGAGCUGCAAGCAUUUUGGCCGGUCUCGGUUUCUCGGCCGAUCGCCAGCAAAAUGCCACCAAGACAUUCUCUGGUGGUUGGCGUAUGCGUUUGGCGUUGGCCAGAGCACUUUUCUGCGAGCCGGACCUGCUGCUUCUCGACGAACCGUCCAACAUGUUGGACGUUCCCUCCAUUGCUUUCUUGUCAAACUACCUCCAAGGAUAUCCCAGCACGGUCCUCGUCGUUUCCCACGACAGAGCCUUCCUCAACGAAAUCGCCACCGACAUUAUCCACCAACACUCCCAACGUCUUGACUACUACCGCGGAGCCAACUUCGAGUCCUUCUACGCUACGCGUGAGGAGCGCAAGAAGACGGCGAAGAGGGAAUACGAGAACCAGAUGGCCCAGCGCGCCCAUCUCCAGGCCUUCAUCGACAAAUUCCGUUACAACGCAGCCAAGUCCUCCGAGGCUCAGUCACGUAUCAAGAAGCUGGAGAAGAUGCCGGUGCUCGAGGCACCCGAGGUCGAGUACAGCGUCAAGUUCAAGUUCCCGGAAGUCGAGAAGCUUUCUCCCCCUAUUAUCCAGAUGACAGGGGUUACGUUCGGGUACACCAAGGAGAACAUUUUGCUCCGCAACGUCGACCUCGACGUGCAGUUGGAUUCUCGUAUCGGUAUUGUCGGACCCAACGGAGCUGGUAAAACUACCGUGCUCAAGUUGUUGAUCGGAAAGUUGACGCCUACGUCGGGUCUGAUUUCCCAGAAUCCCCGUCUGCGCGUUGGUUUCUUUGCUCAGCACCACGUCGACGCUUUGGACCUGACCAUGAGCGCGGUGAGCUUCAUGGCGAAGAUGUACCCCGGCAAGACAGACGAAGAGUACCGCAGACAACUGGGUGCCUUUGGUAUCACGGGAACGACGGGUCUGCAGAAGAUGGAGGUGUUGUCUGGUGGUCAAAAAUCUCGUGUGGCGUUCGCAUGCCUGGCGCUGACCAACCCUCACAUCCUUGUUCUUGACGAACCUUCUAACCACUUGGAUAUCGAGGCGAUGGACGCGCUCGCCGACGCGCUGAAGGAAUUCGAGGGUGGUGUACUGAUGGUUUCUCACGACGUCACCAUGUUGCAGACGGUGUGCACGUCGCUCUGGGUUUGCGAUGCAGGAACGGUUGAGAAGUUCCCGGGAGAUGUGCAGGCGUACAAGAAGAGGAUUGCAGCACAGGCAGAUGCGGCGGGUGUCGUCAAGGCUCACUAG